UAAACUUGCAUACUUUAUACACAUGACUAGAAGUCUCCACAAACCUACUUCAAAACAGAUAAAUAAGAGAUUUAUUACGAUCGCUCUGCCAAUGUAAUUUCAUUACAAGAGUAUUGACCUUAAUUUAAAAACACGGAAAGAUUCAAAAGUAAUGAAAUGGGUUACUUUUUUUUUUUAUUAUUAUUAUUAAUUUCUAUUUUCAUUGAAGUAUUAUGUUUUGGCUAAGGUUAAAUUUAGCCUAAAUUAAUGUAUACAAUAAAGAGUGGUUGAAGGGUUAUUUAAUCAAUGGUUCAACCACACAUAGUACACCCAUCAUUCACCUACCUCUUUCUCAUUUACAAAUAACAAUCCUCUCUUUCUUUCUUUUUCUUCCUUCACCUUUUUAUCACAAACAAUUUCUCAGAUCUCUAAAAUCUCCCAUACACUUCCUCCUCGAAACCUCCGCCACCGACCUCCGCUUUAUUGUAAUUUCCUCCAAUGCUCCUCUCACCCAUCUCUGAUGGCAUUCGACGGUUCUGCAUCUCCAACCACCAAUAAUCUUCGGCAUAGAAACAGCAAAGGAAACGGCCACGGCAACGACGGCGGAGGAGGAAGGAAGAUGGGGAUUAAGGAUUCGAACGGUGGGGAUGGCGGGGGAUAUUGUUACAAAGGAACAGGGAUAGGGAAGGCGUCAUUUAUGACAUGGAGGGUGGAGGAUGUGGUAUACGUAGCGAAGAAUCAUUGGAUACCGUGUAUUUUCGGUUUGGGUAUGCUAUUCUUUAUCCACGUGGAGUAUACGCUCCGGAUGGUUCCGGCGGCUUCUCCGCCGUUCGAUUUAGGGUUUGUGAUAACGCGGUCACUUCAUGGCGUGCUGUCCUCGUGGCCAGAGCUUAAUACUCUGCUCGCCGCUCUCAAUACGGUGUUCGUGGUAAUGCAAACAAGCUACAUCUUAUGGACUUGGCUCAUCGAAGGGAGACUAAGGCCUACUCUUGCAGCUGUGUUCACUUUCACUUGCCGUGGCAUUCUUGGCUACUCCACCCAACUUCCACUUCCUCAGGGAUUUUUGGGAUCGGAGAUGGAUUUCCCAGUUGGAAACAUAUCGUUCUUCUUGUUCUUCUCGGGUCAUGUGGCCGGAUCAGUGAUAGCGUCGUUGGACAUGCGACGGGUGCAACGGUGGGGGUUAGCUUGGACAUUCGACAUUCUUAACCUUCUUCAAGUUAUUAGAUUGUUGGGUACUAGAGGUCACUAUACUAUCGAUUUAGCAGUAGGCGUCGGUGCCGGAUUUCUUUUUGAUUCCCUUGCCGGACAUUAUGAAGCCUGCCUGCAGAGGAAGAACCUUGACAACAAGUUAGCUAAAACUUUUGCUUAAUUGCUUCAAAACCCAACAAAAGAUGAUUAAAGAUGGAGCCUUGAGCCCCUCCCCAUUGGAAAAUUUUCAAUUAGUAAGGAACUUGGGUUUCGUUUUCUUCUUAA